UCGCUGUCAGUUGUCACUUCCAACUUCCUUCUUUCAAUUGUCCACAAUGCAGGCGCCUACACAGAAGCCGAAAAAGGAACCAAUCCACUCUGUCCAAGUUUUUGGCAGAAAAAAAACAGCUACCGCAGUUGCAUAUUGCAAAAGGGGUAGAGGAGUACUAAGGGUCAAUGGGCGCCCUUUGAGCCAGGUUGAGCCUAAAAUGCUCCAGGACAAACUUCAAGAACCCAUUUUGCUUCUUGGAAAGGACAAGUUCUCUGCAGUAGAUGUGAGAGUCCGUGUAAAUGGUGGAGGACAUGUUUCCCAAAUCUAUGCUAUUAGGCAGGCGAUAUCCAAAGCUCUGGUAGCGUACUAUCAAAAAUAUGUUGAUGAAGCAUCCAAAAAGGAAUUGAAGGACAUCUUGAUUCAAUACGACCGAACAUUGUUGGUUGCUGAUCCUCGUCGUUGUGAGCCCAAGAAGUUUGGUGGUCCAGGUGCCCGUGCCCGCUAUCAAAAAUCUUACCGUUAAGCUGUUUAGGUAUAAUGUUGUGUUUCUUGUGAGAUAUCUACAAUAAACAUGAUCUAUUUGUA